CUUUGACGGUUCCACUCAAUCACUCCUGCAUUUUUAAGUUACUACUAUACUAAAAAUUUUUGGUUCUUCUAUCGUACUCUCAACCUCACUAUUCAGAAUCCGCUUUUCCAAAAGCUUUUUAUUUUUUCCCCUCUUUCUGAUUCUUUUCAGCGAAUCGUUUUCCUUUUCCUUUUUGGUUCUGAUUUGAAUGGACAAAGGAGAGAAUGCAAACAACAAUAUGUCGACUGCUCCGAAAACUUCAGCAACCGUUGGUUCGUCGCUGAUUCCGGUGAUCAACAAACUCCAUGACAUACUUUCUUCCUCUGGUUACGAGUUGUCCAAUAUAUCGGUACCUCAAGUGGCGGUGGUUGGCAGUCAGAGCAGCGGUAAAUCUAGCGUGCUUGAGUCUCUUGUUGGCCGCGAUUUUCUGCCUCGAGGCUGCGGUAUUUGUACUCGAAGACCGAUUGUUUUAAUGCUUGAAAACCGUCCUCCGUGUUCAGAUGACGAUGGAGCCGAGUGGGGUGAGUUUCUCCACUUACCCGGCCGUCGCUUUUAUGAUUUCUCUCAAAUCCGUCAAGAAAUUCAGGCUGAGACUGAAAGAGAAGCAGGUCGUAACAAAGGGGUUUCAGGAAAACAGAUUCGAUUGAAGAUUUCCUCUCCCAAUGUCCUUGACAUGACCCUUAUCGACUUACCUGGCAUUACCAAGGUUCCUGUAGGGGAUCAACCUAGUGAUAUCGAAAUAAGAAUUAGGAGAAUGAUUACGGAACAUAUCAACAAUGAAAAUUGUAUCAUAUUGGCCGUCAGUCCCGCAAAUUCUGAUUUAGCUACAUCUGAUGCCCUACAGAUAGCUAAAUUAGCUGAUCCAAGUGGUUCUCGGACGGUCGGUGUAAUCACCAAGCUUGAUAUUAUGGACAGGGGCACUAAUGCCUGUAACUUUUUGCUUGGAAGGGUGGUUCCACUCAAACUUGGUUAUGUUGGUGUUGUGAAUCGCUGCCAGGAGGAUAUCAAGAAAAACCGUAGCAUUCAAGAAGCACUAGCUUAUGAAGAACAGUUCUUCCGUGAUUAUCCUGUAUAUAAUGAUGUUUCCAAUCAUUGUGGCAUUCCUCAAUUGGCAAAGAAGCUGAAUCAGAUCCUAGAGCAGCAUAUCAGAAAGGAUCUCCCACGUUUGAAGGCUGUGCUAAACUCUCGUAUGCAUGCAGCUAUGAAAGAGCUGCAGACUUAUGGAGAUUUUGUGGAGUCAAAGGCAGAACAAGGAGCAACCUUAUUGCACAUUCUUAGAAGAUACUGUGAUGAUUUUUCUGCUAUGGUUGAUGGAAAAAGUCAGGAGAUGUCAACUAAAGAAUUGUUUGGAGGAGCCAGGAUUCAGUACCUUUUUCAGUCAGAGUUUGUGAAGCUCUUAGAGGAAAUGGACCCUUGUGAAAGGCUGACUGACAAGGAUAUUGCAUAUGCUAUUAGAAAUUCAUCUGGUCUAAGAAAUGUUCUACUUGUCCCAGAGGUUCCAUUCGAAGUUUUGGUUAGAAGACAAAUUGCUCGGUUGUCAGACCCUUGUCAUCAGUGUCUAUUGAUUGUCUAUGAUGAACUAAUAAAGAUUAGCCAGGCUUGCGAAUCAACUGAAUUGCAGAGGUUCCCAUCAUUAAGAAGGCACAUAACUGAAGUUGUAAGGAAUUUAUUAGAUGCUGCUGUUAAGCCUGCUGAGACAAUGAUAAGAAACCUCAUUGAGAUGGAGAUGGAUUAUAUAAAUUCUUCGCAUCCAAAUUUUAUUGGUGGCAGUAAAGCUGUUGAGCUUGCUGAGCAGCAAAUGAGAUCAUCAAAGGAGAGACAGGAUAUUGAGAAGGUACCUACAUCUGAGAAGGGCCUGAUAUCCCGAACUGCUGCUGCUGCUCAAUCAGUUGUGAAUGGUGUUUCUGACCAGGGGAAUCGUCCUCGGUCAAGUAGUGAGCGACCUGUAUUAGCUGGUGGCAGUUCAUCCACGAGCAAGUGGGGUAUUUCUUCAAUGUUUGGGAGCAAGGCAUCAUCUAGAGGACCAGCAGCUACAGAAUCCCAUGAAGAAACUCUUCAUCAAGAAGAGAAUAUGGCAUCAACGGUCCAACUGAGAGAGCUUCCCGCAACCUUAAGACCACUUGAAAUGUCGGACAAUGGAGCUAAAGAAGUAAUUGUCACCAAAUUACUUGUGAAGUCCUACUUUGAUAUAGUCCGGAAGAACAUUGAAGACUUGGUGCCAAAGGCUAUAAUGCAUUUUCUGGUCAAUCAUGCAAAAACAAACCUUCAUGACACUUUUAUAGAAAAACUAUACCGAGAGAGCCUUUUUGAAGAGCUGUUGCAGGAGCCAGAUGAGGUUGAUGCUAGAAGAAAGCAAGCGAAAGAACGUUUGCAUGUUUUGAGGCAAGCGGUUAAGACGCUAAAUGAGGUUGAAUUUGAUGUGGAGUUCCAACAUCGGACUACAAACUUCGGUGCUGAAAAUAGUCCUGGAUUAUCAAAAUUUCCAGAUCUCACCAACGGAGAUAUCGGACCAGAAACGGAAUUACCACCCCCCUCGCCGUUACCCGCAUAUUGCGAACCUCACCGUGUGGCUGGUGUUGACUGCUCUGAUUCGAAUCGAUCCACUCUUCGGUCCGAUCGUGAGAAACGUUAUCCCGUUGUUAGUUAUUUGUCGAGACACCCGGACUUAGGAGAAUCGGUACUUGAAGAAUCACAAUCAACAUUCAGAUAAAACUAUAUUCCAGUAUGAGUUAAAUUUGACUUCUCUUUAUCGGACUUUACUUGUAAUAUUUUGGGACUAUUUUUGGUA